AUGUUCUACUUAGAAUAUUCUGAAAUCUCUGGAAAAGUAAAAGCUUUCGCUGAUAUUGUUAAUAAUCAUCAACGAUCGUAUAAAAUAGAUAAAACCAGUUUAAUUACUGGCAAUACUCCAAUAGUUUCUUCGAAUACAGUAGCAAGGCCAUUAUACAUGUCUACGGCUAUGAUCAGUUCACCAACAUCAUCUAAUUUUGGUACAUAUUCAUAUUCAAUAAUAAAAUCCUAUACACUCUUACCACAAUCUGUAAAAACAUUUCCAUUUAUAACACCGACAAUUGUAUUAAAUUAUAGACUUGAAGCAACAACAUAUUUAGAAUCAACCGGUGUAAUUGAUGGUUUAUUUCAACGUUUAUUUUCAAUUAGACCUAGUGAAUUUCUACCAUCAGGAACGGUAACAUUUUAUCAAACAAAUGGUUUUUGUUUAGGACAAGGUACUAUUCCAGAUACAUCAAAAAAUUUUACACAAACAAUUGCAUUAGGUGAUGAUCCUGAUGUUCAUUAUACAAUUCAAAGUGUUACAACUCAAGUGCGACAAACACCAGCGUAUGGACAAGAUUUGAACAUUACUAUAACAGUAUCAAAUCAAAAAGAUCAACAAAUCGUCAGUGUAAAAUUAGAAUUAACAAGUGGAUAUAGUAACACAACAUUUGUAAACAAAAAUCGUAAUUGUAAGAUUAUUCAAGAUCAAAUUACGCAAUCACUUAUAUUUACGACAACAUUAAAGCCUGCUCAAGAAGAAAAAUGUACAAUAACAGUUUCUCAAACAAAUUAA